GUAGUGAAUCGAACGACAAAUGGCCUAUAAUUGAGUGUUUGUUGACGUUGCGACGAGUCCUGUUCUGUUAUCGAUGCGAAAUUGCCAAAGUGAGUCUUCUCCGACAUGGUAUUCACCAUCAUCAACUAUGUUUACGUUGUGUUUUUUGGUGUUGUGAUGUGUGCCCCUGCGAUAAAUAAGGAUGGCGAGGUAUACUGCCAGGAAUUGCCCAUAAUGGUAUUAGAAGAAACGCUGGGGGCUGCCUACAAUCCAAGAUACAUGAGCAUUGACGAGCCGGCAAAGACAGUGACAUCCAGCGAUAACCGCAAAAGGACUACCAAAGAAGUUUUGGACUUCUACGUCGAUCAGGACUUUAGCGAAACGAUCGAGGAUGGACCGGCGUGGAUGAUCAAAAAUCACGUCGGGCUGACGAUGGGAGGUUUUAGCCACAAAAGGUACAAGAGGGGCAUAAAUUACAAGCAGGAAUGGCAGUGCCUAUCGGAAGUGAAGUGGAUCGACUUGGGGCUAGACUACUUUCCGAGAUAUCUUCGAACGGUCGAGUGCUUAACAAAGAAGUGCUGGUUCGGAAUGUACCAGUGCAAGCCUAGAUCGUUUACGGUGAAGAUUUUGAAAAGAAGAAAGAAUAGAUGCGUCGCGGCAGCGCCGGGAACUAUAGUGGGGGUGCGAGGUUUGCCGAUCUCCCUCAAGGAGCUGUGGGUGUGGGAGGAGAGGGCUGUUAAUUUUUGUUGUGAUUGUUCGAUGUAAUUAUUAUAUAUUGAAUAUAUUGAGGAAGAGUGAGGCCACCGUAAAAAGUCACUUUGGUUUUUUCGAGUUGAAAUGUUGGGCACCUACAAAAAAGUCAGAAUAUUUUAUACAAUUAUAGACUCGCCACUUCGAGUAUGUUCACGCAUAAAUGUCUCGAGUAUUAUACAUCAUAGUGUCUUCAAUUUUUUUGUUGAAAUUAUUUCUGAAAAAUGGAUAUGGAUUUGACGAGUUGGGUGUGACAUCUGAGGUAUUUCGACUGAGACAUCGUAGUCACAAACAUUCAAUUAUUUGGUGUUUCAUUAACUAGCAUAAUAUUCAUGUACAGAAAUAUGAAGAUCCAAAAAAGUUAAUAAACUAAAAAUUAUCUGUGAACCAAUCAAAAAAUUUGUGUGUUUGAUGAGAACACUUUGACAGGGACGAUUUCACUCUGAGAGAAAAACCUAGAAUACUAUUCCUAUUAGCAAUUAUCUCCUGUUAGUUCUUUAUAAUUGUGAAUCCAAAAGGUAUUGUAAAGUAUCAUUUAUCAGAAAAUGGUCAUGUGCUUAUAAUAAGAAAACCACUUAUUCUUUAUUAUUCAUCUCUACAAAUGUGUGUGGUCAAAAUUACAAAUAACGGCUUUUAUCAAGUGUACAAAAUUAGCGAAUAAUCCCACAGAGUAAAUUUAAAAAACGAUAAUCAAAAAACAAAAAUAAUCGCAAUUACUAAUAUUUAAAUAUUGAUAGUUCAAUCAAUAUCUACAAACCGAACUGACCUACUCUUCAUCUGCGCGCAUUACACAAUUUAUCAUUAUUUGUUGGAAAAAUCGGGGUUUACGAACGAAAAUCUUUUCAGACAAAGGGCAAACGCUUCUCUACUUUUCACAAAUAUCACAUGGUCAACAUUGAAAACUCUUUGUCGUGGAAUAUCGGUCUAGUACAAAUAACGCAUUAUUCAAUUCCACCAACAAUAAUUUCAUAACAUGCAUUAUGAGGGAAUUUUCAUGCAAAUACCGUAAAAUUUUAUGCAGUGCAACCGUUUAUAUGUUUUCCUAGAGUUUUGCCCCACCACCUAGCGACAAUGGUUUCAAACUCAAAAUCACAUUUUCUUUGUUUUUUGAGUUUUGCAGCAGCACCUUGCGCAAUAGCCCUUUCCAAUAUUGAUAUUUUUCAUAAUACUUCAGUUAACGAAUUAUAUAUAGAAAGUUGAUAGCAUAAAAUUUAUUCCUUCACUAAUUUUUAUUCAUUUUCGUUCCAUUUUCAGGAGGGGGAAAGGAAAAAGUCACUGUUCUUCCCUCAUCUGACAAACCGACGAAGCAAGUGGCCUCUGUCGGGUUGUCUUUUACGACAUUAUGAUAGAAGAGACUGAACCAAUUUAUAGACAGAUUUGAAAAGCCUAUUGAAGAAUUUAUUGAGCAUAACUUCAGUAAAUUCACAAAAAAGUAUUCACCUGAGCUCUUUCAUUGAAGAAAAUUGAAAUCUCUACAACCUUUUCUUUGGGGAACUUUUUGUUGCAGGAGGUUGCAAAGUUUUUUCUGAAAUUAAAAAUUUUAAGGAUAGUAUAAGACUCAAUCACUUGGAGAUAAGGAAAUAAAAAUUGUAGGAGAAUUUGUUAGCUACAAUUUAUAUGCGUAUUUUUUUUUCAAAGAACCAAUAUUUUCUGCGAAAUAGCAGAAACAAUAAAAACAUUUUUUGAUCUCCCUCACCCUCUCUCGCAGCAUUCCCAGGGUCGUCAUAGAUUUUCAGUAAAUUAUACUACUAGAAUACCCAAAUAACAAAACGUAGUUGAUCUUUUUGCCUAUUGAUUUCUCGUCUACAAUCCAUUUUUGAGAAUUCAUUCAAGAGUUUUUUUAUCGGUGGCAGUGAUAUAACUAUGCAACUGAAUUUUUCAAUUGACCCUUUCUGGAAAUUUUCAUCUUCCAAAAUCCGAAAAAAAAAAUUUAACGAAGAACUGUAUAAUGAUUUAUAGAAUUAGAAAUUUCUAGUUUACUCCCAUGAGCUACUGACUCAAUUCAAAAUAUUUUUCUCAAAGAAAAAUGUUGUGUAUCAAUAACAUAUUGUUUUUAAUAAUUUUGCCUAUCGAAAAAAAGAACUAAGAACAUAGUGUAUUUAUCAUUACGUUUCGAUGAACUAAAUCUGCGUCCGUCUUCAGAACUGAAAAUCAGCUAUAUUUAGCAGUUCUCUUUUCAAAUAACAUGAUGCCAAAGAAAAUUUGAAAAAUCCAGUGUCAAAGUUGUUGAUUGACUCUAAAUAUUCGAUAAAGUACAAGGCUUUGAUAUCAGUUUGUUGCCAUUCUGACACUUUCUUCAAGACAGGGAGGCAAUUACGAACUACCCCCAAAGAACUACUGGAAACGUACCACAGAUAAGUACACAAUAAAGUUGUUAACGAUUUUUUCUAAGACAAAAUUAUCAAAUAUAACAAGUUACUAAAAAGUUCUUCCAGAAAAAUAUAUUGAAUUUACGCAUAACUUAUCGAAGUGAACUACAAAAAUUUCCGAUGAUUUUUUUUUCAGAUUGUGGAAAGUCCUACAAAAGAUCAAUAAAGACUUUGAUUUCUCCACAAGGAAUGCCUUUUGUGUAGUUAUGUAUUUCCUUUUGGGAAAAGCAACUACUCAUAUAUUUUGGAUGUGCUGUAAAAUACGGUGUGAAUGUUUUUACCAUGAAUACUAUUUGUAUUAGGGGUCAUUUUAGAAGUAACAAGUAUUUAAUUUUUGACAACUAAUAAAAUAUUGUAUAUAUAUUAAUAUAAAUUUUAUUAUUGUAAGUGGAAGAUAAACUGUAAUGUCUGGUAUUUAUUAUAUAUGUGUAUAUACUUUUAUUUGCAUUUUACACCUGUUUGAACAUGUAUUGUAACUUCUUGUGGCCUAUUGUAAUCUAUACAUUAAUGAAGGUUCAAUUUAUCUUAA